ACUAAAAAAAAAAUGGAGGCGGGGGAAAAAGCCUGCAUUGAUUGCUAGAAAGAUGUUAUGUCUAAAACUUAUAAAUAUUUUAAAUGUCUGCAAAUUUUUAACCACGAAAGUAAUUAUGAGGACGUUUGUGAAAACAUUCUAAAUUGUAAAAUAUUGUAAAACAAAAAAAAAAAUCAACUGAAACGGCAAAUGCAUCUUUGGCAUGUACCUGGCAUUGUUGACCAAGAAAACCAAGAUGACUUCCAUGGAAGUAAGUAUUGUAUUGUUUAUGAGUUCAAACAUCCACUGUUCUGUAUCGUUCUUACAGUUUUACUUUAUCUGCAGUUAACAGUUGUUUAAAGGGCUCGUUUAAAGUACUAAAGAUUUCUUUAAAUCUCAACCUAUUUAAUAUUAAUAAGUAUCAGGGUGUUAGGAUAUACCUUAUUGUAGCCUAUUAUCAAUAUCAUGUUUAUGUUUUAGUUAGUGUAAAUUUAGAGUUACACUGCUGAUUUAAGUCUAAGUUCAUUUAACUUAAAAAUUUAGGCCUACUGUAUUUACUUUUAGUAACUGUUAAUUUUAGUUCAGACUACUGACUUAGUAAGUUUAGAAGUUAAUUGAAUAAGAAGGCCUACAAUACAUGGAAUAUACAGAGGUUUUUUGUGGAUGCGUACACCGCAGCGGUGUAUCUAGCGAAAUCGUGGGCUUUGGCCUGGGUACACCGCGGCAAAAAUGUACCAUUGGUCUUCUUUUAAGAUAUACUUGUAUUUGCAGAUCUUGUGUGGUCAAGUGGUAGAGUGGACGCUUGGCGUUAAUAUAUUUCGAGAUCAAUUCCCAGUAGGGGAUCGAGUUUUUGUUCCUCCUAUUUUAGUUUUAAAAUAUUUUGUAGCAAAUUAAACAAUUUAAACAUAUUUUUAAAUAUUGUAUUAUAUUAUAUAUAUAUAUAUAUAUAUAUAUUAUAGUGUUUCAACAAGUUGUGCCGGCCUUUGACUUUGAAAAUACCGGUAAAUUUAGUAAUAAGACAUUUAGACAUUAGAAAAUAAACUUAAAGUUUCUGAAAGCGCAUGUAUAGUGUAUGUAACAUGUAUAACAGAAACAUUUUGAAUACUAAGUGAUAUCCUAUUGUAUUUCAACAAUCUUCGUGUAGUUGAAUAUUUACAUUUUACUUUUACGAACACCCAAAGAAAAUACCAGUAUAUCAUUAAUAUCAUAUGAGUAUGAAUAUUAAUGUCAUUAUUGUGCAUGGUCGUAUUUCAACCUUGAACCAUCUUGCUUUCGUCUUGCCUUAUGCAUUGGCAAAAUGUACACACGAUAUCAAAGGUUCAUUCACAACACUCAGUUUCACAGCAAAUCUUUUGAAAACACCUCGAUUUUAGAAACUUAUGUCUAUAGCAAAGCCAUAGGAAUAGGAAGUACUGUACUAUGUGAAGAAUAUGUCUAUUACUUACUAUUACUAUUAUUAUUAACUAAUAUUAAUUACUAGGACUAGGAGAAAUUCUCCAUGGAGAAACAUGUCACGAAUAUAUGCAGAUCAGCAUAUAACGAAAUUAGAAAAAUCAGCACCAUUAGACACCUCCUCUCCUUUGAUGCCACAAAACUCUCGUCUCUUCACUCAUUCUUUCAAAAUUUGACUACUGUAACAUUCUUCUCUCAGGCAUUCCUCAACACCACAUAGAAAAACUUCAGAAGGCACAGAACUCAGCAUGCAGACUCAUUUUUAAAUCAAAGAAACAUGACCACAUUCAACCACACAUGCGGCAACUCCACUGGCUUCCAAUAUCCUCUCGCAUCAAAUACAAGUCUGCCAAUCUUUGCUUCAACUCGUUCACUGACCCUCACUUUCCUGUCUAUCUCUCUGAACUGUUGCUUCCUUACAUCCCCACAAGACAACUACGUUCUUCCAUUGACAGUAGAACCCUCUCAAUCCCAAGAACUAAAACUAAGACCAUCGGUGAACGCUCCUUCUGCUUCCAUGGGCCCACGUUCUGGAACCAGCUCCCCUUCCAUAUACGUCAUAGUGAAACCUCGUCCAUUUUCAAAAAGUCCCUUAAAACUCAUCUGUUUAGGUCCGCCUAUGACCUGUGAUGCACCCUCCUUGCCCUACCUCAUUUUCUGUUUCGGGUUGAUCCUGAAGUGUCAAAGUGUCCUCGUUUUAUAGCCAUUUUCAUUGUUUCUAUAGAAUAGUAGUUACUAUCCUAGUGUCUCAUUUGUAUUUACUUAGUUUACAUGUUUUAAUAAUUGUAAAGCGCUUAGAGCUUUAUGAUAAGCGCUAUAUAAAAAUGCCUAAAUAAAUAAAUAAAUAAAUAGUUCUGCGUUUACCCUUUUCAUGACGGACUUUGUUUCCAGAAUGGCAUGGCGGCAUGUGCUAUUCUCAGGGUAAAACACGACGUUUUCUCACAGAAACCAUUGCACAUUGGGCUUGGGACAGGAUCUGCGCUAUGUCAAAGUUUUUGUAUUUGUUGUUUUUUGUUAAGAAAUCGAUCCUUGCCGGGGGGGGGGGUGAGUUAUGGGCAGAGGCUUAACCAAAAAAAAGGGCCUACACAAUCCACGGCUCUGGAUAAGGGUUGUCCCCAAGUAAAAUUUAAAUCAAUGAUAUUUAAUUAUUGUUAAAAGACUUUAAAAAUCACUGCAGUGUUUCGUAUUUAUCAUCAUACUAUUGUUUUGUGUUGACACAUGCUUGGUAUCACAAUGACAAUGCCUCGGACAACUUUAACUUCACGACUUCAUGAUCAAUGUAUGACCAUGUGAUUCUUUUCCCGUAGUGUAUUUGUGUCGUUGAUUUUAGAAACUUACGUCUAUAGCAAAGCCAUAGGAAUAGUUCUGCGUUUACCCUUUUCAUGACGGACUUUGUUUCCAGAAUGGCAUGGCGGCAUGUGCUAUUCUCAGGGUAAAACACGACGUUUUCUCACAGAAACCAUUGCACAUUGGGCUUGGGACAGGAUCUGCGCUAUGUCAAAGUUUUUGUAUUUGUUGUUUUUUUGUUAAGAAAUCGAUCCUUGCCGGUGGGGGGGGGGUGAGUUAUGGGCAGAGGCUUAACCAAAAAAAGGGCCUACACAAUCCACGGCUCUGGAUAAGGGUUGUCCCCAAAGGACGUCCGCACAACAAACUUACCUUUUGCAUCACCCCCCCCUCCGCCGGCAUUAUUUACUAACGUGUAAUGCCAAUGUAAAAUUUAAAUCAAUGAUAUUUAAUUAUUGUUAAAAGACUUUAAAAAUCACUGCAGUGUUUCGUAUUUAUCAUCAUACUAUUGUUUUGUGUUGACACAUGCUUGGUAUCACAAUGACAAUGCCUCGGACAACUUUAACUUCACGACUUCAUGAUCAAUGUAUGACCAUGUGAUUCUUUUCCCGUAGUGUAUUUGUGUCGUAAUUAUAUCUUGGUGCUAACAAAAUAGAUUCACUGGCUUUCUCAUUCAUUUUUACACCACGCCCCGAGGGAUCACAUACAAUGUUAUAUUUAUAAUGCCCCCCCCCCCCAAACAAAUUAGCUACCCUUUUUAUGCCUAUUAAGAUUCACAAUCAUAUGAUAAAACUUACAAUACAUAAAUAUAUUUGUAUUUCAAUAUAUUGGGGAGGGAAGGGGGGGGGGAGAAUAAAGUGGUUACCUUCAAAAAUAAAUCAUGGUUUAACAUUACACUUCCAAAAAAAAAUAAGAAGAAAUGCUCUACAAGUACUUUGCCACAUAAGCGUGGAACUUAAUCAAUAUCCUCCUCCCAUAGUACUAAACGAUUUUUAAAUAAAUAGAUUUCAGUUUUAACACGAGUAUAACAUUAAAUCUACAAGUACCGGUUAGGCCAAAAAGUUAAAGACUCCCAAAGACCAUAGUUUUGCUACUUAAAAUCGCUGCGGUGUACGCAGGCCACAGACCAUGAUUUAGCUAGGUACACCGCCGCGGUGUACGGAGGCCAAAGUCAAUAGUUUCGCUAGGUACACCGCCGCGGUGUACGUAGUGCCGGCCUUUUUUUAAUGUCUAGCCUAGUCUAGCCAUAAGUCCUCUACUACUUUCUAAAGGCUAAAUUUCUCCUAGUCCUAGUGCCUAGUAAUUAAUAUUAGUUAAUAAUAAUAGUAAUAGUAAGUAAUAGACAUAUUCUUCACAUAGUACAGUACUUCCUAGCUAGUGUAAGACUAAUAAUAGAAUGCAUACUGCUGCUGUGAUGGUAGGUACUAGUUUUAGAGAUACAGAUAAGUAAGUAAAGUACUUUAAGUUUGUAAUUUUAAGGUAUGAAUUUUUAAAGUGUAAAUUCGUUUCUAAUUUUUAUACUAUGGACUGCGCCUCCACAUUUUAUGACCCAUUUUCUCUGAUCACAUUAUGCACUAUAAAUAACUCUUGUUUUAAAGAUAAUUUAUUUACAACUUUUAUUUUCAGGAUUAAUGCUGUUUUAAAAGUUAUAAUUUUAAACAGUAAUAAUAUUAUGCAGUUAUACAGUUAUAAUAACAUUUUCAGCUAUGUACUAUGCUUUUAUGCAUUAUGAGUAAUUUAAUAGAUAUGGUGUGGAAUGUGGCUGUAAUAAGGCAACAUGUCAAACUAUAAAAAAAUUACUAAUUAAUGUUUUCCCUAACAAGUGUUUUAACAGAGUUUACAUUUCUUAUGAAUGAAACCAUAUACCAUAGUCAUAUGCAAGUACAGUCGAACCCAUUGAUCUCGACCUCGGUUAACUUGCCAACCAUGUUAUGUCGACGUUUUUGAAGUGGAGCCGCCAAAUUCUCUCUUUGUCUUAGCAUUUUCUCCUCGGUUAUAUCACUUUUUCUGUCGCUGAACCCUGAUAUCUUGAGCACAAAAGGCGGCCAAAUUUGCCACUUAACCUUGGUUAUCACGAUCCCCAUGACCAAUCGCCGGCUUUUGAAAUCCACAUGAAGAAAUAGCAAACAAAAAAUUAAAAAGUUUUUCAUAAUUAAAAAUAAUUAUUUAUUUCUCAAAAUACAGGACUUGUGUUUUAGAAUGAACCUAGAAGUAAUUUAAAUAAAAAAGUUUUUAUUCGAAGGUUAAAAACCUGGUAGAGUCCAUAUUAUAAAUGAUCAUUAUCUGCCGUUUGUAAAAUGUUGUUAUAGACAGCCAUUCAUGUUCACUUGCAUAAUGGCUACGCCAUGGUACUAUGUCAGAGUUUCAUUCAUAAGAGUUUGCUGUUUGCAAAAGCUAUUAAACCAUUGGUCAGGAAAAGCUUUAAUGAAAUAGUCUUGUGCCAAAGUUGAAAUUUUAAAAUAAGAAGUCCCUAAAUAGUAUUUUAGUAAUAAGAGGAUACAUUGCCUUAUAUAAAUUAUAUAGUCAUUGCGCAUGACGUGAUGAGCAGAAUGAGCUGACAAAAUGUGGAGGCUUCGUCCAUAGUAGAAAAUAUCAAACGAAAGUGCAGUUAAGAAAUUCGUAGCUCAAAAAGUACUAAAGUUAAAAAGUUGAUUGUGGUUUCAUUUUUUUUUCAAUUGGAAAUUUUGCUCUAAAGAACUGUUACAUUUAAAAAAAUUUUUUUUUUUUUUUACUGAAGUACCUGCAUUUAUUAACGCACAUCAUGUACAUAAAGAAAUUUCAAGCACAUGUUAAUACAUUGCCGCCAAUGUUCCCUUUAAGCUGCGCAGCUAUCUCAUAGACGCCACGCUGCAGUUUUGAGUAUUCGCGCAGCAAAUUGCAAGUGUGUGUUUGUAUUUGUGGGCUGUAAAAUUUUGCACACAAAAAAAUCGAUGCUGUAAAACUUUGCACACAACUGUAUGAUUUUGCACACGAACCAACAAACCUUAGAGGGAACAUAAAUUGCUGCAAUAUUGGUUUUUGUUUAUCUCAAUCAUUGGUUAUCUCAACGCUUUUUGGCAAACUUCGAGGCCGUCGACAUAACUGGGUUCUACUGUAAUUGAAUGGUUGCCACUAAUUUAUGCACACUGUAAUUUACAAUUAUUUAUAAUAAGGACUCUACCAGGGUUUUAGCUCUUUCUAUACCAGGGAGUUUUUCAAGUUUGUGCCUGACCAAUGGAAAUAUUUUAAGGUGCUCUUAUCUAUUAAUUAAUUUUGAAUACCUCUUUAUUAGCAAGAUAGCUGUAUUUCAUAUCAAAUUAAAGGAAAUUAGAUAGAGAAUAAUAAUAUGUAAAAGAUAAAGCAAUAUGACAAUAGUAUUUUAAAUUUUAUUUGUAAUGAAAUCAAAAUUAUUUUUUUUUAAUGGGCACCAAAUCUGAACUUAAGACCAGACUACUAUAGAGUCUGUGUAGCUGGUAUCCUAUUCAGCUUCAAUCACCAAAAAGUACAUAUAUUUUUUAUCGGAAUGUAUUUUACAUUUUGAAAAUAUUCCAUUUUGUGACAGAGUUACACACAUUUUUGUAGCGUUAAUGUCAAUUGAAGAAAACAGUUUCUUUGCAUAUGUAUAUAUACACAAAUGUCAAACACAUUUUUUACAAAAUAUUUAACAUUAGAACAAAUUUCUUUCUGUGUGUUCCUUUCUGAAGCACUCCUUAACACACAGAUGAAGCCUUCCUAUGCAUCCGAUGCACACAUAGCAGCCACGUUUGGUUAUUUUAUGCACUGAACAGUAUGCACACUGUCAAUCAUGCCAGUCAUAGUCAACCAGGUGCAUAUUUUCACUGAGACGCUCGUCUGUACUGUUGAUGGGCUUUUUCCUUGGCUUUGAUAUAGUGGGCACUAGGGGAAUGGGUGUUUCAGGGAUUCUGGGCUUUCGAAACUAUUUUUCCUGCUUCUUUUCAGCCUGUUUUCUGACUUCUCUUUGCAGGAACAGGAGUGGUAUUAUCUGAAUCCUCACUGUUUUUCCAUAGUAAAAAUGUGGUUUUGAGGCUCAUUAAUUUUUUUGUAAAACUUUUUCAACCACUUGGGCUAGAAAGUUGAUCUUGUUUUUGUAAUCCAUUCUCUAGAUUCUAUACAGCUGUUGCAUUUUUAUAUUUUUAAAAAUGCUUUGAAAUUGACAGUUCCGACUGUCACUACUGUUACUAUCACUCCCUCUAUUGCCAUUUGGCAUUUACCGACCCAUCAGAAAGCUGAAAAUCAUCUCUGGAAUUAGAUUCAUAUGAUGCAUGGCUAUUGUCUAAUUUUUUAGCACAAAUAAUUCACAAUAAAAGCUCUUUUGUUCACAAACUUGUCUACCUACAUGGUCUAGCAUCAGCUGAUGUGCUGGAGUAGGGGUGGCCAUUGUUUUGUUUACAAAAGUUUCAACACAAAUUGAAAAAAAGGUCAUGAUUUUCUUACAGGAAGGAACUAGGAAUAAUUAUUGUUCAUUUGAGAACAUAAAUAGUAGGAUUGAUAGCCAUAGGCAAUGAAAUAAAGUACAGAAAUUAAAUUUAUGAUAAAUAGCUGAUUGGUGCGAAAAGAGUUUAACCUCAAUUAAUAAUGUUAUUGUUUAAAUGCUUCUAAGUUUAUUCUAAAGUUAUCAAUUAUUUUGAUGUAUAUGGUGGUAAUAUUUGAAUAUUUCCUAAGUAUCGAUAUCUCUGCCAUUAAAUUGGGGCAUGGUCACAUCCAAUCAAGCGACAUACAUAACAUACUGUUCACACCUAAAAACAUGGCAUCUCUUAUAAAACACAUAGCGCUAUGAAAAUUGGCACACAUAUAGAUCAAUAUAUACCCGAGAGACUUAAUAAAUAUGAAAAGGACAUAUCUUUAAAUUCAACUUAAUGUUAAUGAUGAAAGUUGCCUUAUAUUUACCAAGGAUUUUCUCAAAGUUGCUGAUUGUCAAUGAAAAAGAAAUCGAUUGAAAUGUAGGCCAAGAUAUCUUCCAAAGUGAAAAGAUGGAAAAUGGAAUACAAUUGUGGGGUAUAAUUAUUCUUUUAUGAAUGAAAUAGCACCAAUAUCAACGUUAUAUGGUUUUGAAAAUUAAUAUGUUUUAAGAUUUUUAGAUGAACAAUAUGUAUGUAACAAAGAACUGAAAACCAGUAUACAAAGAAAAUCGAUUCCAAAGCCAGUUAUUUUAACAAUAUUCAUUUUAGUUAUACUAUUAAAUUUAUAUAAAUAUACAGAAAUAAAAACUAUAUUAACUUACAGUACAGCAAGUUAAAAGCAUAAACCUCGAAUAGAUACAAAAAGAGUAAAAUCUUGUAAGGCUCCAAUAAGUAUAUUACACAUGCUAUAACAAUAAAAAAAAUUAAAAACUUGGAUUUUCCUGCACUGACACCCAUUUUCCAUACAAAUUUUUCAGCAGUCUCCAUUGUUUUACGGAAGUGUCUACGCAAAGUCAUAUUGGCAUUGCUUUAAAAAAUUCAUUAGGGGAGACUGGGAUAGUUACAUAAAAGGAAAUAAGUAAUUUAUUGUGACAAAACAAUUUUGUGAAUGGAAUGUGUUUGCAAAAAGCCUCCAACCCUUCAAUCGCCUUUCUUUAUCAUUUCCGUCAGGGUUUUUAUUCUGUAGCCUUAACAGUGGGGGUGUACUCUAACCACAAGGCAGCAUAGGUUUAUGCUCAGAGUUUUCCUUCUCUUAUUAGAUGAGACACCAUCGACAAGACAUUGAUUUUUUUAAUGAUGAUUAUGAGUUUGAAAUCCAGCCCAAUAUAUACAUGUUAUAUCCUAUUAUGGGCAAAUCUACCAUGCUGGCCACAGUCUCCAAUGUUAAAAUAUAAACCCAAAAAACUACAGGUGGUACUCAUUUAUCUGGGACUUCUUGACAUAAUUUAAGCUCAAAGCUUGACGGGGUGAGUAAUACGUUAUUAGUAAUUAUUAUAAAUAAUAAUUGAAUUUUCAUGGUAUAAAAAAUAAAUUUUUUAAUCAUUGUAUACAAAUUUACUGCUCAGAAACGGCUCCAAAAGGAGCUCCAAGCUAUGACCAAGGAUCCCCCAGCAGGUGUGAGCGUCAAUACAAACAGUUUAAGUUCAAACUUAUCAGAGUAGGUACCUUUAAGUUCCACCUUAAUUUUUAAGAUACAUGUUACCUAAGUGCAACAUUUGUAACUAAUUAAUUUAUUAACUUUUUUAAAAAAAUAUGCUUAUUUGUAACUAAAAACAUUUUACUAUUUGCUGUCUUUAACACAUUAUUGCCAUUAUUAUAAUUUUGAAUGCUGAAACUUGUAUCAAUUUAGGUGGGUGGUCGACAUUGAAGGUGCACCUGGAACAUUAUAUGAAUCAGAACGAUUUCAGUUAGGCUUCAAAUUCACAUCACGUUACCCAUUUGACUCACCACAGGUUUGUCUUGACUUUUAUUGUUUACCUACUUCAAUUCCUCUUGGACAAUAUAUGUACCUACAAAUUUUAACUGAAUUGCAAAUGCCCAAAUAAAUAGUUACGGGUUGUUCAUAACGGACGUCCAUAUAAAAUACACACCUUUUUCACCCCCUCCCCCUUGUUUGCAUGUGAUUCACCGUCUUUCCCUGGGUUUGUGGAUGUCCGCAGGGGUAAAUAGCAAUUUACAGCACAAAAUGCCAGGAAGUGAAAUUAAUAAAUAGAACAAAGAGUCACUAGAAUUAAUCUUAUAAAUCAGUAUGAUAUGGGCCCAUCCAAAUAUUACUUGCUCACUGCAAGGGAGGAGGGUUGUUGAUUUUUUGAGAUUUUGCUUUCUGGUGUAUAAUAGAGGAGUGGGGGAGGGGGGGUCCAAAAAAAGUAUGUACAUUUAAUAAGUACCCUGAUAUUCUGAAACAAUAUCUCUAACUCUAAUAAUAAUGACAACUGUCACCUAAAAAUCUGUGAAAUUCAUGAUAUUUAUCUGUUUUUUUUUUAAUCACAAUGUUUUUCAUAUUUAUCUUUAUACUGUUGCUUUUUGCUUACACUUGCUGGAAAUCACAACCAUAAUAGUUAGCCUGGUGAGAGCUUUAAGUCCAUACAUGAUUCUGUUAAAAAAUUUUGAAGCAAAAUUAUUGUUGGGCUGAACCAAAGAGCUGCACUGGCAAAAAAAAAAUUAAUGUGGGGAUGGACCCAUUUCAUAAUUUUUUAACCGGCUUAUGUCAGUGUUUCCGAGGACUUGUGCCGAGAUUCUAAAACCUGAAGAAAUGGUUUAAAGCGGAUUUGUAAAACCCAUAACCAGUUCACAGAAAAAUAAUAUUAACAUUCCUAGACGUUACUUGUAUGUCAAAUUUGCCAGCUUUAUGAUUUUCUUUUAUUUAUAAGAGUAAUGCUGACUGCAUCAGGUGAUAAUUUAAUGAAAGCUAACUGCACUUUGUUCUUUCGAUUUAUUUACCACUUGCACCACGAUGUAACACUAAUUAUGAGUAUUUUAUCAUUUAUGCUGCAUACAAAUGCACUUAUAAAUGUAUUUAGUUUCGUUAAAAUUAUGAAGAAUCAGAUAAUUUAUUUUAUUCAUAAUAGGUGUCAGAGUUCAUUUCGUCUGCCUUAAACUUAGACUUUUAUAGUUAGCAAUGAAAUUAUAACAUGAUCUGUGAAGAGUUUGAAAAUGUAUGUCAGUUGUGGAUAUUUUUUUCUUCCAGUUUAAGUAAUUAAAACCAAAUUCAUCUGGUUAAACGCAAAAUCGGGGGGGGUGGCUAGGUAGGUAUAAGAAGUGUUAAAAAUAACCUGUUUGUUUUAUGACGACCCACUGCUGAAAGUUUGGACAACACCAUUUAAAUGUUAUCCCAUUUUUUUCCAGGUGAUGUUUCUAGGCCCAAACAUUCCAGUUCACCCACAUAUCUACAGCAAUGGUCAUAUAUGUCUGUCUAUAUUAACAGAGGAUUGGUCGCCUGCUUUAUCUGUACAGUCAGUUUGCCUGAGCAUAGUCAGCAUGUUAUCAAGUUGCAAGGAAAAAGUAAAAAAGCUUUAAUAUUUUAAACAUUAUAAAUUAUAAACCUCUUUAAGACUUUGAGAUAUAAACAAAUCUCAAAUGUAAAUAAUAUAUAUAAUACUGUUUAGGGUAGCAAACCUAAAAAAAUAAAUUAGCAAAGCCUUGUGCAAAGGAAGUCAAAAAAUAAAAAAGGGAAUACUGGUAUGUCUUAAAUCUUAUUAAACACAGCUGCUCUGUGGUCAGCUAAGGGGUGUGAUUGACCAAUUAGUUAAAAAUAACUCUUUUUAUUUUGCCUUGUUUUAUUUAAUUGGUUUAAAAUGGUCUUAAAUAAACAGCUGUCUUACCUUCCUACUUGAAUGGGAAAGUUGUAAUUUGUGCUUCAUGUAGAUGGGUUGGGGAGGGGGAGGGGUAGUUAUCAAACAAAAGCAACAUUGGCCUUUAUAAAAUUAAAAAAUGUAACACUUUUUAAACUUUAAAAAAAAGAAGUGUAACAAUAGCAUUGAAGUAAUAAUCACUGGGUUAACCACUUCAUCACCCUUUAAAUGUUAUAAUACUUCCACCAAAAGUGUAAAAUUAGUUGUUUUUUUUGGUUCGUGGAAUUAGCUGAAAUGUUUAUCACAGCGGCCCCAUUUUUUCAAUAUUGUGUAGGGCACUUUCUCAGCAGGCUGGGUGUGGUUUGUUUUGAGCAUGAUUCAAGUGCACAUUUUUUAAAUUUUUUUUUAAUAGCUCGCUUUUUGUCAAAGUGCAUUCUUAUUCUGGGUCAUAUUUAGGGAUUCUUUCAUUCGUAUUGUGGAUCAUACCUAGUGAUUCUUUCAUUCUUGCUGUGGGUAUUUGUUGGGAUUGGUAAAACUUUAGAGAUUUAACCCACGAACUGUGGCAUGCAUCAUUCUGUGGUGUGGAGCUUUUCAGAGCAUUUUGAGUUCCAUUUGACAUUGCAUUAAAUGACAUAGAAAUAUUGAUACAAGACCCCUACAAGUAUAUAUUUUUAGAAAGGUAAAUGGAUGGGGGAUAAAGUUGGCCAUAUUGCCAUUAAAAAAAAAAUUGCUCAGUGUCCUUGACCUUGGAGUUCUCAAGAAAAGAAAAAUCAACAAAAUGUCUUACUUUCAAGUGCUCAUAACAUCAUAAAUUUUUAUAGAUACACUUAAUACACAAAUCUAAAUGUUGUAGCCAAUUCAUUUAUCUUUCAGACAUUUUAAAGUUUGCUAAGGUUUUGAUUGCAAUUAAACCUCUGAAAGCAAUUUGAGUAAUUUUAGGUCAUUUAUAUAUGAAACUGGGACCACUGCUAAAACCAAGUUCAAAAUACAAAAUCUGAGGCAAAAUAGUUAUUAUUGACUAGUAAACAUUUGAAAAGGAAUUGUGGAACUGAUUUGGGUUGUUUAACUAUAAAAUCUAUUAGUUCUGAACUAUAAUCUGUAUAUUCUGUGACUAAAAUUCAGUCAGUCCUUGCCAAACGUCCGGGCCUGGCUUGAAAUCUAACAGUAGCCUCAGUAGGCCUACUUCAGUAUCACUAAGACUAGUAUAAAAUUCAUGAGAAGAAUAAUCUCAACUGAUAUCGUCAUGGGGAAUGUUAAAAUCAUCAUCAGUAUCACUUAAAACCUCACCUAAAAAUCUUUCUAACAUAUUUCUAUUAGUUCUUGCCCUGAAGGCCCAGCCGUAACUACAACCAUUUUAGCUUUUAAAAAAACAGAGAUAUAAUACUCCAAUUAAAAAAUAUUUAUUUUUAAGUUAUCACGAAACAGCUUGAACCGGAAGAUGAUUUAAUUAUUAAUAAAAAAAAGAAGUGGCUAUAAUUCAGGUUAAAUAUUGGAUUGGAAGUUGCUAUCGGACCGUGUUUUUUUUGGCUGCCACAGUACAGAUCGAGAAUGUCAGCCGAUUUUUUUGGACGACCACAGUUCGUGGGUUAAAAAAUUAACUUGCAGGCCUAUAUUAAUUUAAAAUAUGAUCCUAACACUGAAAAGGCAAAUUACUUGGCAUUAUCUAGAAUAAAAAAACUGAAUGCAAUCACAUUUCAGCAGGAUUUAAACUAUCAGCAAUAAAAUAUAUUUCACUGUAAUUAUUACUGCCUGUAUGCAACUUUUUAUCUGUUUUACCAUAAUUCUUUUCUUUCUAUUUGAACAUUUAGAAAUUGCCUCCUGAUAAUGCUUUAUAUGUAAGAACCUGCAGCAAAGAUCCCAAAAAAACGAGAUGGUGGUACCAUGGUAAGAACUUGUUUAAUUUGAUUUCUUAUCUUUUCAAUAGAGUAAGGAGCAAAGUAGAAAAGAAAGCUGUUUAGUUUUUUGGGAAAAGUAAUUCAAGACAUUGGCACUAUUUUUUCAUGGUCUGUUUUUCAUUAGACAUACAUGCAUCAUGAGGAUAGUUUGGAUAGUGGGUAUGCUUUAUUAUUACUUCGUUACAAACAGAGCGUGGGGGGGGGGGGGGGGGGCUUUUUUGGUUUAGGCAAACAUAAUACUGUCAAAAAAGGUGCAUGUUUUCUAAUUUUCUUUUACUUAUAGUUUUAUAUUAUAUAGAUAAAAAUAAUUUAUUUAAAAAAAAGUAUGUCUGCUAAUGGUAUGAAGGGAAGGUUCCCUGAGUGCUACUUCACCAGUUAACCACUGCAUUUGGGCUUGAAUGACCCCAAUAUACGCUCCUCCAUGCAGCCAGACUUGGUGACCCCCAUCAGAGGCAUCACUAGCAUUCGUGUCACCUGGUGUUGUAAAUUCAUGGUGUCACUCCCCCCCUUUUUGCCCCCCCCCCCCUCUUCUCCCCAACCAGGCUCGUUAAAAAGUUUUUUAAUAGCAAAUUUGAGGUACAUAACUGUUAUUAAAAAGAAAUAGUUAACUGUAUUACAACCAUUUGAACAAAAUCUCUGGGCGUUGUUAGUCUACAUUAGAGACCGACCGAAUUUCGGUGCCGAAAGUUGCCGUUCGGCUGAAAUUGAUUAAGGUUUUCGGUCAUCUACCAGAUGUCAGGCUGUCUGUCUGUCUCUAGGCCGACAAUCAAUUGUAAUCAUAUAUAUAUAUAUUAUAAAAGUGAAAAUUUGUGUGUUUGUUUGUUCCACAAAAGCUUUUACAUGGAUUGAUGGAUCUUGACCACACUUGGCACAUAUAUCCAUCAUUAACCAAAAUCAAAUGGGGGGGGGGGGUUAACUUUUUAUAACAUUCCGUUUGGGGCUGGGGGCCCAUAAUUAGUUUUUUUUUCUAAUAUGAGCUAUAUAAAUAAAAUGAGCAACAAAUACUCCUAAAAGAAUAGAUGGAUAUUGACCAAACUUAGUACACAAAUUUUUGAUUAUCUAUAUUUAAAUUCCAAAGGGUUUUAAACUCAAAAUAUCCAUUCCUCAGGGGCCCCAUUUCAUUUUUCCUUUUAUAAGCUAUAUAAAUAUCAAUAGGCUUAGACAACACUAUAGGUUUUAUGUGAAUUGAUGGAUUAUAGGCCUAGCAUGGUAGCAGAACACUUCAUUGUCCGUAUUGAAAUAUUGGCGGAAAUCCAAUCUAGAAUUUUCCAGAAAGUUCGAUAACUUUUAAAAUCUAUGGCAUUAUGAAAUAGAUUUUAAUGGGACACAUUAUAAAUUUUAACUCAAUAAUUUAAAAUUUUAACUUCAUAAUUUGUCUGAAGACAUCGUAUAGGGUUCCCACCGGUAAACUGUAUCACAUUGGAAUUAUGAUCCAAUCCGGAUCUCACCGGGAAACGGAAAUGAGAACCCACAAGGAUCAGGAUUCCACAGAAAUCGUAAUCUUACCUAGAUCGUGAUCCUACUGGGAUCCGGAACUCAUGGGUAUCGGGAUCCCACGGGGCUCGGGAUUCAACGGAUAUUGGCGGGAUCCAUAGGAUCUGUAUACCGAUAGGAUUGGGAACCCAUCGGGAUCGUGAACCCUCCGGAAUCUGGAUUCCACCAGGAUCGGGAACAACUUAGAUUGGGAUACCUAGGGGAUUGGGAACCCACCGGAAUCGCAACACCGACGUAUUUGGGAUCUUACCCGAAUCCAAACGGGUUCAAGAUCCUUCCAGAUAAAGUUGGAAAACGGAAUCCCAUUGGGAACAGGAUCCGAUUGGUUGGAAUCCCUCCAGGCUCGGAAUCCCACCAAGGAAUGAAAGCAAUCCCGGAUAGCGAUAGGUAUAUUGGCUAGUUAUAUAAUAAGAGCAAAGGGCACUCAAUGGUGAAUUUUGCAUAAAUUUAAUGCCCCCCCCCCCUGCCCCCCCUCAUUUUCUCUUACCAUACUUCUUUAAAAUACAUUUUUUUAACAUUUUUAAUUACUUUAAAAUUACAAUGGUAAAAGCCAAAGUAUUCAAUAAAUGUUUAUACAUUAACAUACAGGAUGGUCUCAUUUGUUAUAAAAAGAAUAUAAAUAUUGAUACUUUUCCCCAUCAUUUUUCAAUGUAUGCAGAAUGUAUGCGUGAACGAAUUUCAAAAUAUCUCAAUGUUUCUGCGUCAGUUUCGGCCAAAAUCAGAAAAUCACUUUCGGUUGGUCUCUACUCUACAUUGACACUGGAUAUCCAACCCAACCCUCCCCUAGCACCUGUCUGGCCUCCAACGUCACCCUACCCUAGCAUCUGUCCUUCUUCCAACACCCAGAGACUGAUCAUGGAUAAUAAUAUUUAUAAGAAGUCAAUAUUUUUGAUAAUUGUUUUUUCUACUUUUUUUCCAGACAACUCUGUAUGAUGACUGUUGCAUUUAGAAACCCAUUCCUGGCAUGUAUUACUAAUGGAUUCUUUCAACUGCAUUCAUCUUUGACAUUGGAUAUCUUAAAACCUGGCUAAGAAAAAUUAGGACUGCUCUGUACUGUCUUGAGUCUGUGCCGAUGGCCAGUAGCACUGCCCCCAUAUUGACCCAGUUCCAACUAAAGAUAGGGUAGUGGAGAGAAUUCAUGUUGUUUUUGGAUUGCUAACUAUUCUGUGAUUUGUUUUUAUUCCUGGUCUAGAAGUUAGCCUGUCAGAGGGCAAUAAACCCAAGUCCACAGCUAUUAUUUGGUCUCUUAGAUUGCCUUAGAACACUGAUGCAAACAAAAUAUUGGUAUUCCAAGGAUCAAGAUACUUUGACUUGAAAUUGUGAUUACACUGUGUGACUAAGUUGGGAUGUACAAAAUUGUUUUUUUUUUUUCUUUACUAUCUUUUGUAGCAAAGCUUCUGAAAUCGAGAAGUUGAAUCUAUUAUUGUUCUGUGUAAUGAAUGAUCAAAAGGACAGCUUGAUUUUGCCUGAUAUCUGCGGACUCGACCAAUGUAUAGCAUGAUUUAAACCACUUGUUGGCCACACAAUGUAUUCUGCCUUUAGACAAUAACUUUUUUGGCCACUGGCUGUGACAGCUAAUAAUAUAAAAGAUGUUUUUACAAUACAAAUAAAAUCUGCAAACUUAAUACCGCAUAAAGCAAAUAAACAGUGCAAAAGUUACUUUAUAUACUUCUUCAAUAAUUUAAUGUAUUUAAUUUAUUUUACUUGAACAGAACUUUUUUGUUGUUGCUACUUUGUUAAUUUUACAAUUGUUAUUGUUUUUUGUGUUAAGUAUGUUUACCUGUUUGACAGCUUACCCUUCAUGGCCGUCUUGGAUCUAUUUGAUGACAGCACUUAAAGUUUUUAGGACUCUUUCAUUGACGUGCUAUAGCAUUUCUUUGAUGAAAGCACUUCCAUCUUUGGGGCUAUUUCAUUGUUGUGCUAUAGCAUUUCUUUGAUGACUUGAGUAUGAAUGCACAUCCAACUUUGGGACUUUUUCAUUGAUGUCUAUGGCGUUUCAGUUAUAUCACAAGCUAUAAAUGCUUGACUUAAUUUAUCGAUUGAUGUAUUGCACAAUUUUAACCAAAAGGAAUAGUCAAAAGUCAGUAACCGCGUUUUAUAAAAAUUAAAUUUUAAUAUAAUAAUAAUAAUAAAGUGUAUUUCAAAAACACGCUUCAUCCCCAAAGGCUCGAAGCGCGGUACAAGAGUAAAAAAUCUAUAAUUUACCACAUUUAAAACAAACGCAACACUACAAAAACUAAUAACAAGCAUACAAUGUCAAAGUCUUUCAACCCAUUUCAACCGUGAGCAACACAGCUAAUAUGCAUUAAAUGGAAAAUAUGGUAGACAAUCAUCCCAGAAGGUGUUUGCGAAAUAAAUGUGUCUUUAAAUCGGUUUUAAAGGACUCCAGUGUCUGGAUGUUUCUGAGAUCGAGUGGAAGGGCGUUCCAAAUUGUUGGACCAGCAAAUGCGAAAGUGCGCUUUCCGCAAGUCUCAAGGCGAACACGUGGUGUCAAGAGUUUGCCACUGUCGGAUGAGCGGAGUUGUCUAGUGGGUACAUAAGGCGUCAGCAGCUCUUUCAGAUAGGACGGCGCCAGGCCAUGUAAACAGCGGUAGCACAAAGUUGCGAUUUUGUACUCAAUGCGAGCACGGACCGGCAGCCAGUGCAACUCUCUCAGAAGUGUUUUUGCAUGGUCGAACUUGCUUUUGCGGAGAACAAUUCGAGCUGCAUUAUUCUGUGCUAUCUGAAUUUUAUCCAGGAGCGUAGCUGGAAGACCCACCAUGAGAGCAUUGCAAUAGUCCAUGCGUGAUAGCACAAAUGCAGACAUCAACCUCUUUGUUGCAUCAAUUGUUAGGAAGGGCCUGAUGUGACUUAUCCUGCGCAGCUCUAGAAAAAUCGCCUUGCAUAGCAUGUUAAUGUGACUUUCCAAGGUUAGUCUUCUGUAAUAUAGACACUUUGAAGACAAAGAAAUAAAUAAUGUUGAACAAAAAGUCCCUCAAAGAAAUAUUUAAUUUUUUGCCUGACAAUAGAUUCACAUUGAUUUCACAUUAAAAAAAUGUAAAACACUUAUAUUGACACAUAGAGUCAAUACUAAAGUUUUAAUAUUUAAAAACAAGUCACUUUCAAUAUAUUUUGACUACAUGAUGUCUCGUGGUCGCUCUUGUGUAUUUAGGAAUGAUAUUAACUUGAUUUAGGCCAUAGCAUGAAAACAGAUUAUUUUUGUUCAGUUUUGUUUCAUAGAUUUUCACCUCUGUUCAUUUUUGGUGAGUCAAGAUUUAGAUACCCUAGUUAAGAUCAGGGUUUUCCAACCUGUUGAUCUAGUACCCCUGUGUGAGCUGGCACCUGCGUGUGUGAGCUGGCAACCAUGUGUGCGAGCUGGCACCCGUGUGUGUGGGCUGGCUCCCAAGUGUAGUGGCAUUACAGAUGUUAGGAGAAAAGUGAUUACAGUACUUUGUUGAGAUGUAAAUUUUUAAAGUUUUUCUGCAUGUAUUUAAUUAAAUCACUUUUAAUUUAUUUUUAAAAAAUUAAGAUCUACAACUCUUGUUUUAAAAAUUAGAAAGUAAUUUUUCUUUUUCUUUCCAAUUUUGAAAUGCAUUGUUAUUUUUGUUGGGGGUCAAACAAGAAUUAGUCAAGCAAUUGUUAUGGGGUGCAAGACUCAGUCAAAUAAUUUGUUGGUGUUGCAGAAUAUGGAAAAGUUUUCUGGAAACCCUGAUGGGACAGUUGAUAUCCCACCCAUUUUUUGUUUGUUUUUGUCACUUGGUCAGGAAAGGGGGGGGGGGGGGUUUUUUUCAGGUUCAAAUAAUUUGUUGGUGUUGCAGAAUAUGGAAAAGUUUUCUGGAAACCCUGAUGGGACAGUUGAUAUCCCACCCAUUUUUUGUUUGUUUUUGUCACUUGGUCAGGAAAGGGGGGGGGGGGAUUUUUUCAAGGACUGUUUGACCUUAAGCCACUGAUCCUUAGGCGGAUACUUGUUCCACAUGAGGACCUUUAUUUUACUCAAGUCUUGAAAGAAAAGCUGCUUCCUGUGUGGCACAAGUCUAGAACACAUAAAAUUUUGUCUUAAAAUAAUUAACUUUCAAUUUUCAAGUAGGUCAUGUUUUGUGGGAACUCUUGAUUGGUUGGCCAUAUUGUUGAACUUGUACAUGUAUAUAUGUAUCAUUAAAUGGCAAUAUAGAAGACUGG